AUGGGAAUGGGAAAUGGAUGCAAGAUUAGCAUGCUGUGGAACUGGAACGUACUCGACGCGUGCUUCAUUACCAAGUCGUGGCGCAUCCGAUCCAGAGGCAUGUUCGCGGGCUCGUGCAUCGGCGUCAUUCUGCUCGUUGUCUUGCUCGAGUUUCUGCGUCGGGCGGCCAAGGAGUACGAUCACUUCAUCGUGACGCAGCACAGCAAGACGCUCGCGUCGGAUAACGCGGCCCUUUCGUCGGCAUCGUCUGCGGAUGGCAUCGUUCCAGGUACAAGCAAGAGUCCAGGGCCAGUGGGGACAGCGAGUCCGACAAUGGGUGGUGUGGUGAAGGCCAAGUUCAGGCCGACAAUGCUGCAACAGGCAGUGCGGGCACUGCUACAUACUUGUGCGUUUGCAGUGGCGUACUUUGUCAUGUUGUUGGCCAUGUACUACAACGGGUACUUCAUCAUCUGCAUCUUCAUUGGAGCGUACAUUGGCUACUUCAUCUUCGGGUGGGAGAGCUUCACGGUCAGCAAAGGUGGUGAUGAUCGCAUGCAGGAGAAUGCCACCGUGUGUUGUGGAUAG